UCAAGGAUCGUUGGUGCAAACGGCGGCCUUCACGAUGCAGAAUGGUGAGGUUGUGCGCACGAUAUCACGCCAAUACUCUGAUUUAAGCGCACAAGAUAGGGACAUCUCUCACCUUCUCGUGUUCGUGCCCGAUGCAGAGAGAUAUGCCUUCCCCACGCUGUUUGCACUCUCUGAGAAUGACAUCGAGAGUAUCUGGUCGAACGUUUCAUCCUUCAUUGAACGUCAGAUGCUGUGCCAGAAGGGGGUACACAUUGCAAGGCUGGGGACAUUUACAUUCUCUGUCCAGAGAAUGGAUGUAGGCAGAAAGCACAAGAUGAUCCAGAGGCCUAUCUUUCUUCUGGCGGAGAAGUUCAAACUCUUCACUGGCCUCAAACAGAAGAUGGCCUCACCUUCAGCUGGAGAGGUGCCGGUGGUGCCGCUGAACUUCAGUGCCCUGUCGGCAGACGGUCCAUUUGAGCGUGACGUCGUGGAGCGGUGCGUGCGGGAGAGCCUGAUGCUCCUGGCGAGCAUGGUUGCCAAGCGACCGGCCGUCCUGCUCAGCUUCUACGGCAUCGGCCUGCUGUCCUUCCGACAGGGCCAUGUCCGCAUGAGGUUCGACCAAGACUUCCUCACGGCUCUGGACAGGGCGUGGGGUCUGGGCCACAACAGCAACAGUAGGGCAAGCAGCUACACAGCUCAUAAGUGCUGUCCAGACAGAGACCAUGAGCUCGCCCCACUCCAGCCCAGCCGCUCCUCACUGGAUGUGAGGGACCAAACCUCCUCCUCCUCCUCCUCAGAAUACAAGGAAGACGAUGGGGAUCGAGAAACAAAGAAAGCUGACCGCACCAUUUUCCAGUCGGACAGAAGAGAGAUUCUAAAGCUGGCCACAGUGAAAGGGAUAUGUCUGACCGAAGACCUGGAGGUCUCUCCACAAGUGCAAACAGAGAAUAGAUUAAAGCAGGGAGGAGACAGUGAGAUCAAGGUGGACCAGGAGUCCCAUUUCUGUGAAGGCUCCUGUCAGGACAUGGGGAAGGAGCUGUGUAACCUGUGUAGGGCGCGUGCUCAGAGGAACGUACCAGCUGAACAUGUGUCUGAGGAGAGGAGGCGGGUGGAGAAGGAGGUGGUGAGGCUCUUCAUGGUCGACCAGGAGCAAUUCGACCAGGAGCUAAUGCAGAGAGAGCAGGCUCACAAGGAGCAGAUGAAGAGGAGGAACGAGCGAGAUGCUGAAUGUAACAUUGAGAUGGCGAAGGCCAGGGAGAGAGAGGCUCAGCAGCGUAGCAAGUAUUUUGGGUCGUACAUCUUCCGAGUGCGUCCUGGGACCCCUCCUCCGCUGCUCAGAAACGGCCCGUACCUGCGGGAGCUGCUGGACCAAGUUGAGGAUCACGGGCAGCAGAAGGCUCUGGACCAACAGACACAGGACCUCAUGGACCGGAUGGGUCAGAUGGAACUGGCUGACGAGAUCUUAGAGCAGAGGCAUCAGCAGCUGCAGAGGAAGGCCAGUGUUGUCAGGUGCUAUAAGAGGGCCCUGGACACCCAAUGCAACGGAAGCUGUACAGGCCUUGGCUGCACAACACGGUCGUGUGCGGAGAGUCCGGUUUUCGGCCGGUACGAUGAGGUGCCCAGCGCUCUGGCGGAGCGGAGGCGGAGGGCACGAGAGCUGCGGCAGCACCAGAUCAACGCUGCCACCCUCAGGCGCCGGGACGCGCACUUCAGCCGCAUCCUGGAGCAGAAGAGGGAGGUCGACAUGCUGAACAGGACGCGGCAGGAGAUGAGAGCUGAUCAUGUGACUCGUCUUCUCAAGCUGCGCACGAUGAGAGGGGCACUGGAGGACCUCUGGGCUCGAACCGUCGAGGCCAAGAGGCUUCGAGAGCAGGAGGAGAGGAGCUUCAUGAAAUCUGGUGGCCGUCUGGUGUUGGACCAGUGUUUAGAGCACCAGCGCUGUGAGCAGUGCCAGAGAAGACUCUGUUUCUGUGGAGGAACUAACCUGUGGAAGGAAUCCCGCUACAUCGCUGGCUCUCGGCUGAUGGUCCCAAUGUACAGAGGGUCGUCCAGAAGAGACUAAUGGAAAAUCAGCAGAGACCAACAACUUUAAAAACAGCACACCAAACUGACGUACAACAUAACCCACUAGAGCUGUGCCCCUGGUAUGGCUGCAUCACACUGGCAUACCACAGUACCUGGUUAUCGGUGCCAACAUCCAGCAGCACUGGCAGACACUGCUGGGGUGGCACUCCUCCACAUGCUGUGUACAGGG